AUGCUGCAAUCCGUUAAGAAAACGUUCGCGGGGGGUCGGAAAAAAACAGGAAGUAAAGCCGAACACCACGAUAGCGCCUCCGGUGCCGCCCAGCACCACGGUCACGCGCCGCCGCCCGCCGGACCCGCCGGGGGACCAGCGUCCCGGAGUGCUUCAGGGGGAAAGGCUCCGGGGGGCAAUGCCGCGAAAGGCGCCGCGCCUGUCGCUGGCGCGGCGCUCCGAACGAGCAGCUUCAACAAGGACAAGUCAGACGCUGUAGCGAGUCCUGUUGUAACGAAUCCGAACCCGUUUGCCGAACCGCUCCCGCUUUUCCGGGACGUGGCGGCUCCGGAAAAGCAGGCCCUGUUCAUCCGCAAGCUCGCGCUCUGCUGCCACACGUUCGACUUCGCGGACCCGCUUAAGAACAUGAAGGAGAAGGAGAUUAAGCGGCAGACGCUCCUAGAACUAGUGGAGUAUGUUAAUUCCGGCACGGGGAAGUUCAGCGAGGCUGUUUUCGAAGACAUCGUGCGGAUGCUCCGCGCGAAUCUGUUCCGCGCGCUUCCCCCGUCCGCGCACGAGAACACGGGGUCGGAGGGAUUCGAUCCGGAGGAAGAGGAGCCGAACAUGGAGCUCGCGUGGCCGCAUUUGCAGAUCGUGUACGAGUUCCUGCUGCGCUUCGUAGUUAGUAACGAGACUGACGCUAAGGUGGCGAAACGGUACCUGGACCAGCCGUUCGUGCUGAAGCUGCUAGAUUUGUUCAACUCCGAGGAUCCGCGCGAGCGCGACUAUUUAAAGACGAUUCUGCACCGGAUAUACGGCAAGUUCAUGGUUCACCGGCCGUUUAUCCGCAAGUCGAUUAACUACAUCUUCUACCGUUUUAUCUACGAGACGGAGCGGCACAACGGGAUCGCGGAGUUGUUAGAGAUCCUCGGAAGCAUAAUCAACGGGUUCGCGCUGCCUCUUAAAGAGGAGCAUAAGCUGUUCCUGGUCCGCGCGUUAAUCCCGCUGCACAAGCCUAAGUGCGUGUCGAUAUAUCACCAGCAGCUGUCGUACUGCAUCACGCAAUUUGUCGAAAAGGAUCCGUCGCUUGCUGACGUGGUGCUACGCGGGCUGCUUAAGUACUGGCCCUUAACUAACAGCCAGAAGGAGGUGCUGUUUCUGGGAGAGUUGGAGGAGAUUCUGGAGCUCACGCAGGGCGCGGAGUUCCAGCAGGUCGUCGCGCCGCUGUUCCUCCGCAUCGCGCGCUGCCUCAACAGCUCUCAUUUCCAGGUGGCCGAGCGCACUCUGUUCCUGUGGAACAACGACUACAUUGUCAGCCUCGUGGCUCAGAACCGCGCUGCCGUGCUGCCGCUGAUAUUUGGCGCUCUGGAGAGGAAUGCUCGCAGCCACUGGAACCAGGCGGUGAACGGGCUGACCAUCAACGUGCGCAAGAUGUUUCUGGAGAUGGAUCAAGCGCUCUACGAGGACUGCCAGAGGCAGUUUCUGGAGGAGGAGGCGAGGGAGAGGGACGUGCAGGCGAGCAGGGAGCACGCGUGGAGACGACUGGAGGAGGAGGCUGCUGCGCGCUCGCCCAUGUAUGGGGACGCUGGUGGUGGAGGGCAGGUGGCGAUGCAGGGCCGGACUCGAGACAUGAGAAUGGGCAUGUCGGUGGAGGCGUCGUGA